AUGCACAUUCAAGAAGACUCGAGCGAGAGCUCAGGAGGGAGUACCCCGACGUGUGCCUCCUCGUCAUCUUACAUGGAACCCGGUGCCAUUUACGUGCAAAGACAACCCUCGGGAAAACCCGCAUUUGUCCGUCGACCAAGAGGAAUCAAGACUCCGGGCGGGUUAUUAGCAGAUGCACUAUUUAAUCCCCACCCGGUUUCACAGAAACAUAGCCCAUCUCAAGCGCGUGAUCAGAAGAUAUUUGAACCUGCAAGCUCACCUGAACCCCAGCAGAUACCAGCACCACUGUAUGAACAGUUUCAACAAUACCCGCAUCCGCAGCAACAUCCACUGCAGUAUCCGAGGCAGCCUUUCUCCCCGAACGUUAUGGCGCAAAUCUUUGAUUCGUGUGAAGAAUUGUCUCCCGAGUGGGCAAGAAAGAUAGGGCAACGUGUACUCGUGGUCGCGCCAUCGGGCAGUAUCGACCACUGUGCAGCUCGAGUCUUCGUUAAAUGCUGCCAUUCCUGUGAUUGUAGAGGUCGCAGGAGAAACUCUCAUCGCGGCGGGCACAGGAGACACUAUGGCAGCACUAGUGAAGAGAGUGAUAUAGACAGCAGUAGCGAAAGUGAUAUUCCAGUUAAGAAGCAAAGCCAGAAACACAAAAGCAAAGGAAAGCAUAGAAAAAAAGGCUCCACGAAGAAGAAUAUCAAGAAUAUGUACGAUAGCAGCGAGGAAGAGGGCGAGAAAAGACGCGAUUUCACUAAAAAGCCGGUGCGGCCUGUGCAUCCUGCAAAUCUUGUAGGUUCUGGGAGAUAUGACUCAAGAACCGGCACUGUGCGCUUUUCCAAUCAAACCGAUGAACCGGACUUCAGACGGACGAAUACCGCAGAUUCGAGCAGAUACGUCAACCAUUCGGCAUAUCCUAUCCCGCAUAAUCCGGCAAACGGUCCUGGAUAUUAUCCAGCUAGCCCACCACCCCCUCAUCCUCCAAAUGGUAACGCAGCAAUGCCAAUUUAUCAUCCAGUCCCACAUCCUCCUGCCCCAGAACAGGUGCAACAAACUUCCUACGAUGACAGCCGAAGGCAUUACGAAUACCCCUCCUGCGCCGAGGUAGCAGAGCCACGUGGCCGUGAAAGUAGGAGGCGAGCUCGCCCUCCUCCUCCUCCGCCUCGGCGGAGCGCUUCCCACAAUCGUCCUCGUAGUUUUCAAUAUCAUCCGGACGAUCAGCGAUACUUAACAAGGGAGCAUGUGCGAGGGCCUCGAGGGGUAGAUGAGUACGAUGAGUACGACAUGUACUAUUAUUAUACGUCCGACACACUUGACCAUCCCCGUCGCAACCAUACCCGCCCCAGCAACCCAGAUCAAUACGCACGGAGGCGGCGGCGCGAACCGCCACAAGAACGCAGCUAUUCAAGACACAGGCCAGCACACAACCCUGCUAUUUCGCGCGGAGGUUUUGACCGACGGCCGGUGACAGAGGUGAGAGAGUUCUUAACAACUACACACCCUCAAUCCACCGACCAGGGAUUCAGACAACCUUUCCAUAAUCAUACAAUAAAACACCAAAAUGCGCACAACCAUGCCCCAGCCAGCGCAGCAAUUUAUCACAGUAGUCGUCAGCUCAGGAAGGAUCCAAGCACGGUCCUGGAUAACCAGGUUAUUUUCGAGAGAGAUGGAUCACCAGGGCCCGAAUAA